AUGGAAGCCUUUACCCAUCUGUUUCUCUACUCUUUCUUAUUCUCCCUCUUCAGAACCUCUAUAACACUAGAUACUACUAUUACUCCUAGUCAAUCUCUCAGAGAUGGUGGCACCUUACUUUCAGCUGGCGGAUCAUUUCAAUUGGGAUUCUUUAGCCCAGGUAAUUCCAAAAGUCGAUAUGUGGGAAUAUGGUACACAAAAUCUUUGGAGACAGUUGUUUGGGUCGCCAACAGAGAUGCUCCGCUUUACGAUCACUCAGGAGUUCUAAAGGUCACCGAUGAUGGAGUUCUUGUGCUUCUUAAUAGCACGAAUGGUACUGUUUGGUCAUCAUCUAAAACAUCAAAAACCGUAGAAAAUCCAGUUGCACAGCUCUUGGACAGCGGGAAUCUUGUUGUCAAAGAUGUGAAAUUUGAUGAACCGGAGAACUUUAUGUGGCAGAGUUUUGAUUACCCUUGUGAUACAUUCCUACCGGAAAUGAAGCUUGGAUGGAACUUAGUAACUGGUCUAGAAAGGUUUUUAUCAUCUUGGAAGAGCACGGAUGAUCCUGCUCAAGGUGCGUUUUCAUUACGGCUAGAUAUUCAUGGGUAUCCACAGUUUGUUACUACGGAGGGAUCUAAAAUUAAGGCUAGAGUAGGGUCAUGGAAUGGCAUUCAUCUUACAGGUCAUGGGUUAAAAUCAGUCGAUCCACUAUUGGAGUAUGAAUUCGUGUUGAAUGAGAAGGAGGCAUUGCGCAACGAUUCAGAUGGAUGGAUCGGACAGAGAGUUGGGAGCUUUUCUCUACAUUCCAGGCAGAUCGGUGCGAUAAUUAUGCCUUAUGCGGCGCAUAUGCUACUUGCAAUAUCAAUCACUCUCCUGUAUGUGCAUGUUUGGAAGGCUUCUUACCCAAGUCUCCAAAAGAUUGGGAUUCAACAGAUUGGUCUGAUGGGUGUGUUCGAAGGACUCCUUUGGAAUGCAAUAACGAAGAUGGUUUCCUGA